AGUUCCGCCACAGUGCGAAAUAUUUGUUCCUAGGAAACAAAUGCUGCUCUCACAUCUCAUCAUAAUGGCCUCAUCAUCACUUCUCUGACCGCCUGGUCGUCUUAGAAACUAAAAUAUGUCGCGGAAGUAUCGUAAACCUUUUAUAACGUUUGUUUUGUUAUUCAUUUUUCAUAGUCCCGCCAUGUUGAGUCUAUCGGCUGAGACAGCAGAAGGAACUGAUGAGUCUCCUCAGGUUGUUCUGUCAGAGGAGUCGGAGAAUAAACCCAGCUUUGUUGAGUCGGAGGAGUUGGACUCUUUGCCCAGACGGCAGUUUAAGACGGCUGAAAUCGCAGACGCGGUGAUGGGGACUGAAACCCCGAUCGAUCCGUCUGACAUCGAAUCCCUGAUUCCCAGGAACGUGAAGGACUUCCAGUCAGGCUUCUCUCCCCCCUGCGAUGGGAACGGCGAUCGGUGCGUCUCGCCUGCGCAGGCCGAAGACCUGGAGCUGCUGGAGGAACCGGAAGCAGAAUCAAUGCAGCAGGUCACUCUGGAGAUGGUCCCUGCAGAACUCCCAGCUGAAGAAACGAACACCACAGAGACAGCAAAGACGUAUAAAGUGAACUGUGACAAGAGGAACGUCACAGGACUGGAGAGCUUCACCGUUCAGGUCCUCAACGCCUCACAGGUGCUUCUUCCUGCCUCCGUGUGA